CCCUGAUGAUAGCAAUGGAAGAUGGCGCCUGCGCACCACGGAACAUGAGUUGGGGAACGUAAAUCAUCUGUUUGCCUACGAAGAGACGCGCAGAGCAAUGGGUCUUAAGUGAAGGAGCAGGAGCGCGCGAUCACUGUCCAGGGCUGGUGAAAGAUGGCUUCCUGCUCGGAGAUGUGCGGGUCGGGGCAGGGCCCGGCCCACGACAGCUGCCAGCGCUACGGCGUCCGCUCCUACCUCCACCACUUCUACGAGGAGUGCACGGCCUCCAUCUGGGAGCGCGACGAGGAUUUUCAGGUUCAGAGAUCGCCGAGCAGGUGGAGCUCUGUCCUCUGGAAGGUCUCUCUCGCGUUUGGGACGUUGAUGCUGAUCGCCGGGCUGAUCACACUGACCGUGGGCUAUGCCGUGCCGUCCAAAAUAGAAGCCUUCGGGGAGGGGGAGAUGGUGUUCGUGGAUAGCCAAGCCGUGCGCUUCAACCAGGGGCUCCACCUCAGCAAGCUGGCCGGGGCGGCGCUCUUCUGCGCGGGAGGGAUCCUGAUGGCCGUGGGCCUCCUGCUCUCCGCCUUCGCCAAGAGCCACUCCAAGGACGAGGCCUACCUGCAGCACAAGUUCAAGGAGACAAUAGCAGACAUGCACGCUGCCGCCGCCCACCCGAUCACUAAAGCGCCCACACCGGGAGAGAGUAAGAUCCCUGUCACACUGUCCAAAGUGCAAAACGUUCAGCCCACCUCCUGAAGUCAGACAGAGCACGUGCAGCAGCUGCCACACCACUGGAUCAUUUCCUAAACGUUUUAAGGUCAGCUUACAUGAUUAGGUAGGAAAAACAUACAGUCCAUAACCCGUUAGCCACCAGACAUUCAUUGGAUGCUGCUGGACAGGAGCAGCACAACGUAGAGUUUGGUAGAUUUCAACAUCCAAGAACAGGCCUCCCAGUUGCAUAUUUAUUUAUUUCCUUUUCCGUUAUCAAGUUUACUUGAAGAGAUGAGUAGAUGUGGUUGCUCAUAAGUCUUGGGGGGGGGAAAGGUAAUUAAGCUAUUUUGUAGGUGAAUAGAUCAGCAAGUUUCACAGCUAAUCUGGCUUUCCAGGAUCCAAGGAGCAUCCCUCUAUACUCUUGGCACCAAGGCAGUUAAUACCUGAAUGGCAGAAAAUACCUGAAACUGAGUAUUAUCCAUUUUCCAAAAUUGAGGCUCAAACACUACGAAAGCUGGCCAACAGCCAUCAUGUUCUAGAGUUUCGUGGACAGGAGAAAAUAGUUUGUUUUUGCGUUUAUCUUGGCAAUCGAUGCGACUGGACUGCCAGAGACACCUUGAUAAAUGGGCUAUUGAUUUUCGGAAAACAUUAUAACACUGCCGAACAACGUCCAGGCCAGAUCUCAUUUAUUUAUUUAGUUUUUCCCACGUCCCGCUUUGCUGACGAGCCAAAUAGCGCACAGGCGUCUUGCAGAAUGAAACCAAGCAAUCAACAGUACAAUAUAGACAAUAUAGAUAAGGCAGAAUAUUACAGCAU